GCCCAAAAGAGCCAAGAAGAAUAAAUAAAAAGAGAACAAAAAAAAAUAAAAACGCCCAGAGAACUCGUCGCGCCGCCGCCAUCCUCCAUCUCCGGCGACGGCGGCGCUCGGACGGCGAGAGGGUUAGGAUUCGCCGAAGUGGGCGGAGGAAACCCCCCCCCCUCCACGGGGAACCCGCCGCCACGACGCCCGUCACCCCCCGGCGCGCGCGAGGCACGCGAGCGGAAGGAAGGACGAGAUGCGGAGGGCGAUGAUGGGCGUGGACGAUCUGAUCGAGGAGGCGAAGGUGCGCACCGUGUGGUGGGCGCUCUGCGUCUUCGCCAUCUCCUACUUCCUCACGCAUACGAGUAAAUCAAUGUGGACAAAUGUGCCCAUGUCAAUUCUUAUACUUGCGUUUCUCCGAUACCUUUCAUUCAAAGUGGAAUUCCAUUGGAGAGGCCAGCCUGUUCAGAAGCAGACACAUUUGUCUCAAUUGUCAAAACGACAGUUGUCUGCUCAUGAUCAUCGGCUUUCAACUGUGGCACCGGUUUCAAGAUGGAGAAGGAAAGUUGGUUCACCUUCUGUUGAGGCUGCUUUUGAAAGUUUCAUUGAGAAUAUUUUGAGAGACUUUGUGGUGGACUUGUGGUAUUCAUCUAUUACUCCUGAUAGAGAGGCCCCAGAGUUGAUACGUGGUCUAAUACUUCAUGCUCUUGGAGAAAUAUCAGGCAGGGUGAAGGAAAUGAAUCUAGUUGACUUGCUAACAAGGGAUAUGGCUGAUUUGAUAGGACACCAUUUAGAUAUUUUCCGGAAAAAUCAAUCUCAAAUUGGUGUUGAUGUUAUGGGAACAUUGUCAUCUGAGGAAAGAGAUGAGAGACUGAAGCAGCACCUAAUAGUUUCACAGGAACUCCAUCCCGCAUUGUUAUCUUCAGAGCAUGAAUAUAAGGUUUUUCAAGAUAUUGUUGGGGGUAUAAUGGCUCUAGUUUUAAGACCGCAAGAUGCUCAGAGUCCAUUGGUUCGCUGUUUCUCCAGGGAACUGCUGACCUGCUUAGUCCUGCAGCCAGUGAUGAACUUUGCAAGUCCUAUCUACAUGAAUGAGCUAAUUAUUUACCUUAUGAACAACAAAAAUACAAACAGUGGAGGAGGGAAUUUAGAUAACUCUAAUUCUUCAGUUACAGUAACAAAUGCCCAUUCAGCUCAUAAAGGAAGUUCACAGGGUUGUCAAGUGGAAUCAAGGAAUUUGUCUCAAGAAUCCAGUGGCUUAGUACCAGCAAAUAGUUCUGGGAUGAGGUCACUUGUUACUCAUGAUGGUGACAAGUCAAAAAUGUCAAAGAUUGAACAUGGUAGCGCCAUCCAGUCUCGACAGCCAGAUUGGGCUGUGGGACUGGAUGCAGCUACUAAAAGGCGAUCUCAGGUUCUUGCUCCUGAGAAUCUUGAGAACAUGUGGGCAAUUGGAAGAAAUUACCAAAAGAAAAUGGUGAAAUUCGAGCAUUCAAGGGGAAAAAGUUCAGGCAUAGAUAACAUUCCAAGUGCAGGAGCAGCAGGAAAAGAGUUAUCUCCUAAUUUCAAUGAGAGAAUUACAUCUGUUGAUGACAAAUACAUGGUCAAUUUGAUGCAAGGUUCAAAUAGGAAUGCCCAAUCUACCUAUGUCACAGGUAGUCACCCACUUGUUUCGCAAGAAUGGCAAGAUACGGAUGAAGCAAAACCAAAUGAAGGGAGUCAAGUUGAUUGCAGCAGCACAGAAAAACCCUGUGAAACUAUCAACAACACAAAAGCUCAGUUAAAGAGGUCUAAUAGUACUCCUGAUAUUGAAAAAAGAUAUCUAGCCAAAAGUAAUCAAACCAUGGUUUCCAGUGAAAUAGCAAGAAAAAAUCAGGGUGAUAGAGGUUCUUUUCCUGUCUCACAUGGUGAAGUAGUAUUGUAUGUUCCAAAGAUAAGGUGCCGGGUUGUUGGUGCAUAUUUUGAGAAACUUAGUUCAAAAUCCUUUGCCGUUUAUUCUAUUGCGGUGACUGAUGCAGAGAACAAGGCUUGGUUUGUGAAAAGAAGAUACCGAAACUUUGAACGUCUUCAUCGACAACUGAAGGAGAUUCCUAAUUACUCUUUGCACUUGCCUCCAAAGAGUUUUCUUUCAUCUAGUAUUGAUGAUUACCUUGUGCACCAGCGAUGCAUUUUGCUGGACAAAUAUCUUCAAGAACUCUUGUCUAUACCUAAUAUAGCAGAGCAGCAUGAAGUUUGGGAUUUUCUGAGUGCAACCUCAAAGAAUUACUCUGCUGGAAAGUCUACUUCUGUUAUGAAAACCUUGGCUGUUAAUGUUGAUGAUGCGAUGGAUGAUAUUGUUCGACAGUUUAAAGGAGUUUCAGAUGGUCUGAAAAGGGCUGUUGGAACCUCACCUACCAGUGCACCUUCUUCACAUUUGGCAGAGAAUCAGAUGUCUCUAUCUUGGAAUCAGGAAGAGAUAGAUAACCAUAAUCUGCAUAAUAGAAACCUGUCAGGUGCUCAUAGUCUUUCUGAUGGUGAUAGCAAUUAUGAAGAUCCCUCCUCAUCUGUAAAUAGUGCUAGCCACUCAGACAAUGAGUUGAACAACAGUCAGUAUGGUUCAAAUGAUAUCAAGCUCAAUGAAGCAUAUUCUGGUUUUGAUGCACAAGCAAGCCAACAAAUAGAGAAACCUACUAGGGCAUAUUCUGAUUCUUCAAACAUGUCUUCUCUAAAUACAUUUGAAGAUCCAGCAGGAAUUCCUCCUGAGUGGACGCCAACAAAUGUUAGUGUUCAUUUGUUGAAUCUGGUUGACAAGGUGUUCCAACUAAAGCGGCGUGGUUGGAUAAGAAAACAAGUACUCUGGAUAUCAAAGCAGAUUUUACAGUUAGUCAUGGAAGAUGCAAUUGAUGAAUGGAUUUUAAGACAGAUCAAUUGGCUCCGAAGAGAUGAAGUUAUUGUACAAGGAAUACGCUGGAUUCAAGAUACUCUCUGGCCCAAUGGUGUUUUCUUCACCAGGUUGGAUGGAUAUCAAGGAAAUGCAGGUCCAAGCCAAUUUGAUAAGCACCCAUCUGGGAGUGCUAAUCAGGCUAGUGGCAACAGAAAGGAUAGUGCAAGCUCUUUUGAACAACAACUGGAGGCAUCUAGAAAUGCUAGUGAAGUUAAGAAACUUCUUCUAGGUGGAACUCCGCCGACAUUAGUCAGCAUAAUAGGGUACAAGCAGUACCAGCGUAGUGCGAGGGACAUUUACUACUUCCUCCAAUCCAAUGUCUGUGUGAAGCAGCUUGCUUAUGCAAUGAUAGAGCAGGUGCUUGUGUCGCUCUUCCCAGAGCUUCGUCAGCUAAUAGAGGACAUACAUGAGAAAGGUCGUAAGGAGCAAGCGUCAUUCACUUACCAACUUUGACUGAAAAGACGUCUUGAUCCUUCAAAAACCUGGUACUGCACAAAUGGCCUUUGCUUGUUUCUUCUUUUACUCUGGCAUUUUGCCCAUGGCGAAGCUGCCUGGCACGCAAAAAUUUUGCAGAUGGAUUUCAACAGCGUAAAGUUGGAUUGAGGAUGCAGUUGUUGAUUAUCCAACCAAAACUAUGUACAGAUGUAUAUCAGAAGCUGUGUAAAUUAGUCCUCUAAUGCAUACCAAGAACUACGUUCUUACAGUGAUCUCUGAUAGUUUGAUGUAUCGUAUCAUUCUUUAAUUCUUUUUCUCUCCUCAAUGUAUUCUAGUCGUUCCUAGCUCUCUUGGCUGAGGUUUGUAAAAAUAUCGAAUGUUCCAAUUGUAUAGGCGUACCGUAUAUCUGACUGUCCAUUCUUCAGUUGAAGAACUCAAUCCAUGCAUCUUGACAAGAUAGCAAUCAAGAACCUUUGACUGAUGA